GUAGUAUAAUAUGUGCUUCAUAUUAUUAUAAAUAUGAAUAUUUUUUAUGUAUAGAUUUUAUCUGUAUAAAAUAUAAUAUAUUGUUAACUACGGAGUACAGACACAGAUAUCUAUACCUACUGGCUACAAAUAUUUGUGAAUUUGUGAUAGUGUCAACUCAUUGACUUUAAAUUGUUGUUAAAUACUAAAAUGUAAAUACUAAGUACUAAGGAGGUAAGACUUAACAUACCUAUACACAGUGAUCAGUUAACUUUUUAAAACAUAGUACUAUAAUGUUAAUAGUAAUUAUUAAAUAAUUUUAAAUAACAUAGGCGUUAGUGCAUACAAUACUACUUAACUACACAGACACAUAGGUAGUAAAUUAGUAUUUACUGCAUACACACUGCAGCUGCGCUGCACCAAACCGACCGAUUUAAAAUUGACAAUCUUGAUUUUUGUUGCAUUGCAUAGAACAAAUUGUUUUACGCUUCAUUGGUAAGGCACUAGACGCUGUAUUUGGAUUCUGGAACUAAGAAUAUUGAAAAUUUAAAGAAUUCCUAAUGGCUUGGAGAUCUCACGGACGAAAUAAUAUUGAACUUGUACAAAACUUACGAGCUAACAAUGUUAUUAAAAGUGAUAAAGUAGAAAAAAUAAUGAAAGCUGUUGAUAGGGGAAAUUAUGUAUCAACAUCACCAUAUUUAGAUGUACCACAAAGUAUUGGGUAUGGAGUUACAAUCAGCGCACCUCAUAUGCAUGCGUAUGCUUUGGAACUAUUGAAAGACCAAUUAUUAGAAGGGGAACGAGCCUUAGAUAUUGGUUCUGGAUCUGGAUAUUUAACUGCUUGUAUGGCUAUUAUGUUAGGGGAAAACGGUAAAGCAGUUGGCAUCGAUCAUAUUCCUGAACUUGUUGAAAAAUCUUUAGAAAAUGUUAAAAAAGAUAAUCCUGAACUAUUGAAUUCCCAGAAAGUGAUUUUAGAAAUUGGAGAUGGAAGACUAGGAUUAGAAAAAUAUGCACCGUAUAAUGCAAUACAUGUUGGAGCUGCAGCUGAAAAAAUUCCACAACCGUUAAUUGAUCAAUUAAAACCUGGUGGACGUCUCGUAUUACCAGUUGGACCACAAAAUGGAAACCAAGUGUUAGAAGUGAUUGAUAAAAAAUUGGAUGGCUCAAUAUCCAGAAAAAAGCUUAUGGAUGUAAUUUAUGUUCCUCUAACAGAUGCAAAAUCUCAAAGAAGGGAUUCAGACCACUGACCAUGCACUAUUAUUUUUGUCUAAUAAGAUUAUAAUACUUUUAGCUCUGGAUUAUUAAUUAAUAAAUUAUCUUAAAUUUUCAUAAAAUAUAAUCUUAAGCAGAAUACCAUUGAACGUUUUUCAAAAUAUUGUUUUAUUUUAAUUCCUAAAUGUUUAUGAUUGUUAUAAAAUUAUAUUUAUAAAUUACUAACGUAUUGACUCGUUACAAAUGUUAUGUUUUAUCAGCGACUGUAUUUAUUUAUUUUAUAUAAUAUGAUUUGUAGCAUAAUUGUAACUCAUUAAUGUAAUAAAUAAUAAUCAUGAACAAAGA